AGGUGAGUGGGACUGGCUCUCUGUGUGGCCUGUGAUGCGGGGAAGGUCGCGCCCAGGUGGUUGACACUGGUCUUCCACGCUGGGUCCCAUGGGUGAUGAGUCUGUGCCUGUGUGUUAACACCAUGGGAGUAGACCCUUGGCCCUGGGACUCAGAGCGGUUCUCAAAGAAGGGCUGGAGUAGCGCGCUGGAGGGGUCUGGUCUGUGUACUGUGGUCACGUGCUGUGGGUGGGAAGGGCCCCAGCACUCAGGCUCACCUUGUGCUCCCUAAGCACCACUGUCAGAGGUGAUCUCUGCGGCCGGGUAGCCACAGCUCUCAGCCGUGCACGCAGGCCCAUGGCUCACCUGAGUUGCAGGGCAGCUCCAGAGCGCCCUGUAAGAAGUGGCGGCCAAAGGCAGACUCAGCGUUUCCCAGCACCUGCCCAGCCCCUGUCUCCCAGGACUCAGAUGAGGCCCCGCGAUGUCUCUUGAGGUUGACUAGAGGGACUCGAAGUCCUGCCGGACUCCCAGAUGCCCUGAGCAGUGCUGCUGAGCUGGCCUCUGCCUUUACUCCCAGCCACCCCUAAAAGAGAACUCAGUGCCUGGGUGUUUAGGUGGCACAGGAAGCCAGAGUGGGCUUUCAGGUGACCUCAGCUGAAAUCCGGAAUGAGGAGCACCUGAUGCUUUGGGAAGAGGCUUUCUCAGAAACCCUUCAAGCACAUUGGAGGGCACUGUGCUGAAGUUGGAGGGAAGUCCUCGCCCACUCUGUGUGGCAAUAGCAAAAUACCUGAAGCUGCGUUGCUUAGAAAAUGAAAGUUCACUUUAGCUUGUGGCUUGACCAGCCCGAGAGUGUGGCACGGGCACCAGCUUCUGGUGAGGGCCUCAUGGCAGAUGGCAUUACCCAGCAGGAGCCUGAGUGAGAUGGGGGAGAGGAGGACCAGACCUGUCCGUGAUAACAACCCCAGGGCAGGCAAAGUGGGGAAGACACCACUGGGACACCUGCAUCGCAUACUGCACCACCCGGGGUCCAUCCCCAGCCUCGGCUCCUGAGUCCAGCUUCUUACACACGUGCACCCUGGGAGGCAGUGAGGAUGCCUCAAGUAUUGGGUUCCUGCCACCCACGUGGGAGAUUGGGGUUGAGAUCCAGCUGCAGCCACUGGCAACUGCAGGCCUCUGGGGAGAACAGUGGAUGGAAGCAACCACCCCCCCCCAAGAUCCAUGAAUUAAAAAUUUGUAACAACCCCCUGAUAAUAAGGAAACAUUUGUAGCAACAACAAUGGGAACUAAUCCCUGUGCACCCUAACCCACCACAGAAGACUAGCGUCAGUCCAUUCAGGAGCUGGGUUGGGGCCCAUGCUUUCCUUCACCCCCAGUGAAGGAACAUACAACCUGGAGAACACUAACCCUAGGGAAUCUGAAGAAGGAAAGCCCAGGAGAGAAAGAAAAACCCAUGGGCAUCUUCCACCCAAUUAAGAAUAGUUGACUGCUGAAGCUGGGUGAUUCCCCACUCAUCAUUCAUUGUGUAAUUUUACAGUUCUUUGUGAAUCUCCAAAAGAGUGUACAAUGAAAUUUAAAAGAGGAGAAGCUGAGUGGGGAGGGGGGGAAUAAAAGAGUAAGUAAAACCCAAGUCUUGCUGGACAGCACCUCUGGACAUGACACAGCUGUGCACUCAUUCACACUCCACAGGGGAGGCCAGCAGGUAUGUGGGUGACCAGGGCCCUGGACACUGUGGUCCCCAUGCCAGGGUAAAGGAAGUGGGCAGAGGAAGAGAAACGGGCCCUUGAAGGGAAAAGAACAGACUGUGGCCCCAAGAUGGCAGCCUAGGGGCAGUGUGGGGCCCAGGACCAAAGGGGUUCUGGGGGAGGGCUGAGCCACUUUCCCCAGGGGGAGCACCCUGGCUAUCAGCACUCCAGGGAGCUGUGGGCAUGUGGCUGCUCCUGCCCGACAUGUGCUGUCCCUGUCCUUAAGGUCAGCAGCAGUCCGGUGUUACCAGCAUGUGGCUCAGGUGCUGGUGCCCAGGAGUUCUCAGUGCUCUGUGCCUGAAGCCCUGGUCAGUGUCAGGACAGGGCCCUGGCUCCCGCUCUGGACAGUCUGGGCCACGCCGGCUUGAGGUCCUAUGCAGGUGGUGCUCAGCGGGCCGCUCCCCUCCCCCCAUCCCAGGAGGACGCCCUGUGUCCACCUCCUAAAACUCCUGGGAAGAAGGGCUGGAGCAGAGCAGGAGGGGUCAGCAGGGGUUGGGAGUGCUGGGGUCGGGCCUGUGGUAGGACAGCAGGCUGCAGCCCUGGGAGUCUCCGUUCAGGUCAUUGCAGGGGCAGCCCCGAGUGUGGGGACCUCAGGAAGAUGGACAGGCCAUGAUGGGGCUCCCUGUGCCACCUUGUGUUCAUAGAGAAAGGCUUUCACAGUGGUGCUGUAAUAAAAUUGCAGAGGAAUAAAGGAGGGGCAGGAGGUGCAGGUUGCCUGGGACUUGGGACCGUUAUGGCAGGUGGCAGAGGGCCCAGGCACCCCUGGUUCCGGGGCAGUUCUGCCAAAGCCCUGCCCUCUUCACCUGGGCCCUGGGGAGAACACAGGCCCCACUUCUGGUGACCUGUAAUGAAGCCAGGACUGAGGACCCUGACCCCUGCCACAGCAGAGCCCCUUGGGAUUGGCUGGGAGGCUUCUGUGAUGUCACAGGCACUGAGGAUGCGCACUCUGGGCUGGGAGGCGACCAGUGUCCAGUACUGCGUCUACUGCCCAACUGACCAGGUGUUGGUAGUGUAGGCAGGAGGCACAUUUGACAGAAUCGAAUGGAUUCAUGAUGGAGGUUUAAUGAAAAAGGAUUCUCCUUUCUACAUUGUUCACACUGCACAAUAGCCCAGUGAGAGUUGAAGAAGAAACGGAAAAGAUGAUGAUGUGGGAUACAGAUAACAGGAGUGUGGUCCAGGAGUUCAUCCUGGAGGGCUUCCCUGCUGUCCAGCACCUGGGGAAAAUACUGUUCCUGGUGCACCUGCUGGCAUACCUGGCCUCCAUCAUGGGAAACACGCUCAUCAUCACCAUCACCUGGGCUGACCAGCGCCUCCACACACCCAUGUACUUCUUCCUCAGCACUUUCUCCUUUGUGGAAUGCUGCUUCAUAACCACGGUGAUUCCUAAACUGCUGGCCAUCUUCCUGUCAGGGAGGCAAGCCAUUUCCUUUGCUGCCUGCUUCACGCAAGCUUUUGUCUUUCUUUCCCUGGAGUCAACUGUUUUCUUCCUUAUGGGAGUGCUGUCUCUGGAUCGGUACCUGGCCAUUUGCAGACCUCUGCGUUACUCCAGCAUCAUGAGCCCCAGGUGGCUUUGGGAAAAGACCCUGGUUUGUUGGAAGGAAAAAGAAGCACAAGAUUGCAGAAGCACUGUUUCCCGCCAGCUAUUUCUUGAUCAAAGAGGGAUGGAGAUAUUGAUGGAGGUGAGGAACGAGACAACUGUCCAGGAGUUCAUCCUGGAGGGCUUCCCUGCUGUCCAGCACCUUGGGAAAGUCCUCUUCCUGGUGCACCUGCUGGCGUACCUGGCCUCCAUCACAGGAAACACGCUCAUCAUCACUGUCACCUGGGCUGACCAGCGCCUCCACACACCCAUGUAUAUUUUGCUCAGCAGUUUCUCCUUCUGCGAAUGCUGUUUUAUUAGCACAGUGAUUCCUAAGCUGCUGUCCAUCUUUCUUUUAGGACAGCAAAGAAUUCACUUUACUGCGUGUCUCACACAAGCCUUUUCUUUCUUAUUCCUUGGGUCAACAAUUUUCUUCCUCCUGGCUGUGAUGUCUUUGGAUCAAUACCUGGCCAUUUGCAAGCCUCUACACUACCCAGCCAUCAUGAACCUGCGGGUGUGUUUGCUUCUGGUUUUCUGCUGCUGCACGGUGUCCUUCCUCUUCAUCACUGCUCUGGUUCUCAAGGUUUCCCAGUUGUCCUUCUGUGGCUCCAACCUCAUCCCUCAUUUCUUCUGUGAUCUAGGUUCCUUAAUUAACCUCUCCUGUUCUGACACCAAAGCUGUUGAAAUAUAUACCUUCUUCCUUGCUUUAUGUGUCAUUGUGUUGUCCCUCAUUGUAACCAUCAUAGCAUACAGCAACAUUGUAGUCACCAUCGUGAGGCUCCCGUCAGCCAGGGAGCGACAGAAAGCUUUCUCCACCUGCUCAUCUCACCUCAUCGUCCUCUCUCUCAUGUACGGCAGCUGUCUUUUCAUCUAUGUGAAGCCAAAACAGACGAGCAGGGUGGACUUCAACAGACAGGCUGCUCUGGUGAACACGGUGCUGACCCCAGUGCUGAACCCUGUCAUCUACACCCUGCGCAACAAGCAGGUGCACCAGGCUCUCAGGGGUGCUGUGUGCAAGGUGAGACUGCAGAAAUAGGAAAAGGAGUUUUGGAAGGA